AUGAACCCAAAAAAUCCAAAAACCACAGAACACGAUAUAAUCAAAACAAAUCUCGUGCCUUUAGAACUUAAUAAAAAAAACGAUUAUGAUCAAUUAAUUGAUAGUAUCGGUGAAGCAAAAAUUGUUUUAAUUGGAGAAGCAUCUCAUGGUACUGAAGAGUUUUAUCGUGAAAGAUGUUUAAUUACAAAAAGAUUAAUCGAGGAAAAAGAUUUCACAGUUGUGGCUUGUGAAGCAGAUUGGCCUGAUAGUUAUAAUGUUAAUCGUUAUGUACAAAAUUUUAAAACCAACACUUUCAAGUCUGCAAGGAAUUCAUUGAGAGGUUUUACUAGGUUUCCAACUUGGAUGUGGAGAAAUGAACAAGUUGAAAAAUUUAUUGAAUGGUUGAAAUUUCACAAUGCACAAUUGGAAAAAAGUCAAAAAUCUCAAAAAACUUAUAAUAGAUACAACAAAGUAUUAUCUCAAUAA